GGGCCUGUGGAUUCAAAGAUCCCCUCAUGAAAUCGUCAUAUGAAAUGUACAAUAAAUGUACAAUGUAUUCAUCCACUCCCAAGGCUGAGCCAAACAUCUGCUUCUGUUCCAGAGGCUGCUGGAGGAGCUCCCUCAGGUUGGACUCACCAACAGCCCUAAGAAAUGCCACUUCAGACUGCUUGAAGAGUUUUACCUGGACUUCUAGAUCAACUUGGGACUGAUAAAACCUUCAAAAGCAGAUAGAAGCUGAGCAGUUUUAUACAUCCUGGCCUGCGAGUAUGAAAUAUGUAUGCUGUUUCCAAGGGUAGGCAGGUUACCAUCAAUGUCUCAUGCCUAGUUUUUCUAGUAUAUCAUCUCUCCUCUCAAGCAUGACCAGUAAUGGACAGCAAGAAAAAAAUACUAUGAACAUCUAAGGUAGGGUUUUACAUGCUACAAGCUUUAAUCUACCCUUCACUCUCCAUGUUCACGCCAAGCUGCCAUCCAUGAAUAUGAUGCAAUUCACUAUCUGACACCAGCACUGUACAUGACUUUUUUGACACAUUAAUAGAUUCAUCCAAUGCACAAUGCAUGUCUUUUAUUUUCUCUCUCAGCUUUCAAAUACCAGUGCACACUAAAACUUAUUCUCAUGUUAAUUGAGGGUGGAGAGAACCGUUCAUAUUUACUGGUAAAACAUGGCAAAAAAAAAAUUGGCUGAUUUGGGUGUUGGCUAAGCCUUGCAGUUACCAUAUCCUCCUGACACAUUUCCUCUUGUGCGUCAGUUAUGUGCUGAGCUCAUUUACACUAAAAUAUGCUUCUUCUUUCCCUCCCCCCUUUUUUAUGUUUUCCCUGCAUAUGAGGUCACGUUCCUGUAAGAAAUUAAGUGACUUGAGUUGUCAGUUUGCAGUCAGAACACAUUAGACAAAAGAUGAAGAACCACUUCAAUGUUAGCGCCCUCGACAGCUUGAGUGCACCAGCGAUUGUGGGAAAUGCUUGUGGAAUCGACUUUAGUCAAGACGGCAUCUUCCUUCCCAUCUUGUAUGGAAUCUUCUUCAUUAUCGGCACUCCUUUAAACCUGUUGGCACUCUUUGGGCUCUACAAACUCAUCCAGUCAGAGAAUGUCCUACCUGUGUACGUCAUAAACCUUCUGAUCGCAGAUCUAAUUCAACUUCUGACUUUGCCUUUGUGGAUGGACUACUAUGCAAACGGACACUACUGGCGCUUCGGACCCCGGAGCUGUCAGUUCAUGGGUAUGUUUUUUUACAUUAGCAUUUAUGCGGGCGUCUUCUUCAUGUGUAUCAUUGCUCUAGAACGUCACCUGGCCAUCGCUAGACCUCUCAGGUUCAAGCAUCUCCGUAAUUUGAAGUUUUCUCGCUGGAUAGCACUUGGCAUUUGGAUUCUUAUUGCGGUGCCUCCUGCCAUUGCGUUCGACAAGCUCUUUCCCAAGCAGGGAAAUUACACUCUUUGUAUCGAGAAGUAUCCCUCAGAGGGCAGUUUUAUCACCUACAGGCUGAUUACUCUGCUUGUGUCCUUCAUCAUACCCCUGAGCUUCAUUGUUGGUCUCCACAGAGAGACCGUCCGCUCGCUGAUGGCAAUCAACUCACUUUUAUCCGAGGAGAAGAGGAGUAUCAGGGGUCUGCUCACCCUUCUGGUGGCCGUAUUUGUCACGGUGCUGGGGCCCUAUCAUUUAAUCGGCUGUGUGAAGUACGUGGGACUGCUGGUACACAGCAGUCCAUGCAUUUGGGAGAAGGCAGUGUUUGUGCCCUAUCAGUUAGGACGAGGCUUUCUGAGCCUUAACAGCUUGCUGGAUCCUGUGUUUUACAUCUUUCUCCGCAGAGACUUUCGUGCUGCUGCUGGGAAGUACUUGCCCUGCCUGAGGAGAGUGAGAAACAGAUCGUAUCGGACAGAGAAAGCGACAAGCUCCACUCUAGACUGUGACUGAAGAUUUCCCCUUGGUUAUGUAUUUGAAAUACACUUUGGACAAAGUGCUAAGAAACUAUGCCAAACUAAUACAAAAGGCUUAAUUAGAUCUAUGGUGAUGCCAUCAUCUCAAGACAGGUGUUUUAGCAUCAUUGAUCAUUUUUAAUUAGAAGAAAUUUGGCAUUGCUAUAAUUUUAGUUUGCCUUGCUGACUUUUUUGUUUGUCUGUUGAUAAUUUCCAUGUCUGCACUGCUGGAAAGUUUUUAUUUUAUAUUAUCUAUUUGUCUGUCAUGCCAUGGCUUACCUGCUGAAAAAAACUAACAUAUUAAUUCUAUUUCACUGUGGUUUUGGCAGU